AUGGCUGUCAAGUCGCGAUUUACUCGGCUCGAUGCCUUCACCAAGACAGUCGAAGAUGCCCGCAUACGGACGACAUCCGGUGGCAUUGUCACGAUAGCGUCGAUCCUCAUUAUAAUAUAUCUGAUAUUAGGAGAAUGGUCGGAAUACCGAAAAAUAGUCGUGCAGCCAGAGUUGAUUGUGGAUAAAGGGAGAGGAGAGAAGAUGGAGAUACACCUCAACAUCACUUUCCCUCGAAUUCCUUGCGAACUACUCACCCUCGACGUUAUGGAUGUGUCAGGGGAGCAACAGACGGGCGUGGUACACGGAGUCAACAAAGUGAGACUGUCACCGCAGAAAGAUGGCUCUCAGAUCAUCGAUACGCAAGCGCUCGUUCUGCACCAACAAGACACUGCCUCACACCUUGACCCGGAAUAUUGCGGUUCCUGCUACUCGGCCCCAUCACCUCCGAAUGCCCAGAAGGCAGGGUGCUGCAACACUUGCGACGAAGUCCGAGAAGCGUACGCGACCAAUAGCUGGUCAUUCGGGCGUGGAGAGGGUGUCGAACAGUGCGAGCGCGAAGGGUACGGCGAGCGACUGGACGCACAGAGACAAGAAGGUUGCAGAAUCGAGGGCGUCGUGCGGGUCAACAAGGUGGUCGGCAAUUUCCAUAUCGCGCCGGGACGGAGUUUCAGCAACGGAAAUAUGCACGUUCACGAUCUGAACAAUUACUUCGACACGCCGGUGGAGGGUGGACAUACAUUUACGCACGAAAUUCAUUCGUUGAGGUUUGGACCACAAUUGCCGGACGAGACGUCGGCAAAAUGGAGCGAACACCACCAGUCGAACCCCUUGGACGGGCAUAAGCAGGACGUCAGCGAACCGGCGUACAACUUCAUGUAUUUCGUCAAAGUCGUGUCGACCUCAUACCUGCCUCUGGGAUGGGACGAGGACCGCAGCUUGAAGCAGCACUCUAGUCUGAGCGAUUUGAUCCCACUGGGCAUGCAAGGCCGGGGAGCCGGAAACCAGGGCUCGAUCGAGACACAUCAGUACUCGGUGACGAGUCACAAGAGGUCGUUGAGUGGCGGGUCAGACGCGGCAGAGGGCCAUAAGGAGCGUCUUCAUGCGCACGGUGGCAUUCCUGGUGUUUUCUUCUCGUAUGAUAUCAGCCCGAUGAAGGUCAUCAAUCGGGAGGCAAGACCGAAGACGUUCGCGAGUUUCUUGACGGGUGUAUGUGCUGUUAUUGGUGGCACAUUGACCGUCGCUGCGGCGAUUGAUCGCGGGUUGUACGAGGGUGCUGCUAAGUUGAAGAAAUUGCACCAAGGUUGA